AUGGUGGACACGGCAAAGAUGGCAGAUUACUACGGCAGCAACAAACAACCCAAGUCGUUGCAACCGUCGUACGGGUACCACUCGGCCGCAACCGAUCCGCUGAGCGAGACAGAGAUGGGGGAGGGGGACAGCGAUCUAGAGGAUCUGGAGGUUUCUGGGGGCGGAUAUUCUCCUCCGGCGUGGAGACGGCUGGGAGACGGAGGUCGCAGCAGCGGUUUCUGGCAGCCCCAGACGGUGAUCAGGAGUGACGGCCAGCGGGAUGGGUUUAACAGGCAGUAUGAUUUGCUGGGGAGGUCGAUGAGGGAGGAUAGUCCCGAUAGUGUGAUGGAUGGGCUGGCGGGGUAUGGAGGGGGUUAUGGGCAAAGGGGGGAGGAUGCACACUGGUUGAAUGAUGAGAUCUUGCAGGAGGCGAUCAGGACGAGGUUGCCGGAGAGUGUGUCCCCGGAAAAGGAGAGGAGUCCAGAGUUGGAGGACAACUACUGGAAGAAUCACCAAAUAUACGGAAACAACCAGCAGCAGGAGCAAAAGAAGCUGGGGAGCAUCGACGAGACCAUCAAGAUUAAACAGGAGGACUGGGAGGAGGAGGAGCAGCGGCAAGGAAGAGGGGUGGCUUUGAGUGCGAUUCCAGAAUUUUCGCCAGUUCGGGAUGGACCCGUGACGACGCCAAAACCAGAAGAAGAAAUUGCUGAUAACUACAUUCGCUUCGCCGUCCGCGCCGAAGUCCAACACCGCACCGAACCCAUCGAUGCCACCAUCAACUUUUUCCGGCGUGUCUCCCAAUCCGUCACACGGUCCAAAACCUCCCUCUUCGCCUCCCUCCUCAUUGCCCUCCUCUCUUUCAUCGUGACGCGUCACCUCACCCACCCCCUCACCCCUCCUCCAGUCCCCGACCUCGUCAAAGUCGCCUCCGUCGCCCGCUCCCUCGAGCCAUUGAUUUACUACUCCGAAAACGGCGCAGCCCAAGUGACAUCCCUCCAAGCCACCUCGGUCGCAGUCUGGGACCUGUCCGAAUCCAUCAGAACAAGCAACCUCACCUCGGCCCCCCUAAUCGUCUCCACCCUCGACGACCUGGCCGACUCCCUCCAGAUUUUGUCGUUGGAGCUGACCAAAUUCUUCGCCAACGUCGACGGAGACAUUGACGGGAUUCUGAUCACCAUGUCCUGGGCCCGUCGCGAACUCUCCACCCUCUCCUCCUCCCCUCCCCCGUCUCCCCUCAUCAACAACAUCUUAUCCCUCCCUUUCAUCCCCUCCAUCUUCGGCCCGACCCACCCCCAGCGGACACAGCGAACCCUCCAACGCACAUUCAACGAACUGCUCAACGUGCUCGAAGAGGCGGUAGAAUCCGAACUCUCCCACUCCUUAUCCCUGUUUCGACUCUUCUCUUCAAUAGACUCCCAGUUCCUAACCCUGACCCGAACCGUAACGCGCGAGUCAUCAAAUCAGGAGUCCCUCCACAACGACCUCCUCUCUUCCCUCUGGGUCCGUCUCCUAGGCGCUAAAAAGGGGGAACUAGCAAAGUUUGAGAAGAAUCGAGAACUGCUGAAGGAUGUGAGGGAGAAGACGGUGAGGAAUAAGGGUGUGCUGGUGGAGCAUAACCAGAAGUUGUUGGCUCUCAAGGCUAGUCUGGAGGCGCUGAGGAGGAAGCUUGUCAGUCCGCUGGUGAGGAGUAUCAACUCUAGCACCCUGACGCUGGAGGAGCAAGUGAGGGGGUUGGAGGAGGCGGGGGGGUAUCUUGAGGGGGUGAGGAGCCGGCAGAAGGGGAGGGUGAUGGAGAUGCUUUAUGGGGGUGGGUCAGGGGCUUGGGGCCAUAAGACGAUUGUUGAGAUUGGGGAUGUGUAA